GGUCCCCACACCGGCCAGUGCUGCUGGGUCCUGGGGAAGCUGAAGGGAAAGCAGGAAGGUGCAGGGAGAUGCUGCUGGCCAGGCCUGGAGAAACAAGGCUUGGCACAAGUCACAGGGAUGUGGCACUACCAUGGGCAGGAGCCUUUGCUGCUCUGUCCUGCCCCAACUCCCUGCCAUGGGCAGCGCACCCCUGCAUUCCCUAUGUUCCUCAGCGGGUCUUGAACUACGUUUCCCACAGCACUUUGCAAAGGGAAAUGCCUCAUUGCACGGGUUAUUGCAUAAGAAAACUACAUUUCCCAGAGCCCUUUGCCAGAGGAAAAAUUACACAAACGAGGAGAGCGGCCAACCUCUCACUGCAACGAGGAGCGGGGGUUGCACAGCCCGGCCGGACCGCCGCUCACAGCAGUGCCCUCCGGUGCCCCUGCCCAUCAGGUGAUGCCAGAUGAUGAGAACAUGGAAGAGGAAGAGAUGAAGGCUCCUGCUGCUGAGAUGGCUGAGCCAUCUGGCAUGCCCGGGGACCCCAGGGACACCCUCUCCCAGGCUUCUGGGGACAGAGCAGAGUGGCAAUGGCAGGCCCUCACUGGCCCCAGGGAUCUCAGGGAAGGUGCGGAGAGCCCUGCUCCCAAAAGUUCCCUACCCAAGGUCCCUGCAGCAGAGAGAACCUAUAAACGCGAAUGCGGGAAGGGCUUUGUGCAGAGCUCUGACCUGAUAAGACACCUGCGAAUCCACACUGGUGAGCGCCCCUACGAAUGUCCCACUUGCAGGAAGGACUUUGGCAACAGCUCCAUGCUGCUGAAGCACCACCGCAUGCACACCGACGAGCACCCCUACAAGUGCACCGAGCGUGGCAAGGCCUUCAUCCUCAGCUCCUACCUGAUCCAGCACCAGCAUGUGCACAGCCAGGAGAAGCCCCACAAAUGCCCCAGCCGUGGGCGCUGCUUUGGGCUGAGCACAGAGCUGGUGCAGCAUCAGCGAGCCCACGCAGGUGAGAAACCCUACAAGUGCAGUGAGUGCUGCAAGGCCUUUGCCCAGAGCUCCGACCUCAUCUGCCACCAGUGCACACACACUGGUGAGCGCCCCUACAAAUGCCCUGCCUGCGAGAAAGGCUUCAGCGACAGCUCGACCCCCAUCAAGCACCAGUGCACACACACCGGCAAGUGCCCAUGCGUGUGCCCGGCUUGCAGGAAGGGCUUCAGCGAGAGCUCAACCCUCAUCAAGCACGAACGCACGCACAUGGGCGAGCACCCCUAUGCAUGCACCGCUUGCGGGAAAAGCUUCAGCCUCAGCUCCACUCUCCUCAAGCAUCAGCGCACGCACACUGGUGAGCACCCAUAGCAGUGCUCCCUGUGCGGCAAGACCUUCGGCCUCAGCGCCAACCUGCCACAGCACCGGCAGACACAUGCUGAUGAGCAGCCGUUUGCCUGCACCCAGUGCGGGAAACACUUGACUCAGAGCUCCAACCUGCUGCAACACCAGUGCACCCACACUGGCGAGCGGCCCUACCAGUGCUCCCAGCGCGGCCGCCACUUCAGCCUCUGCUCCAACCUGCUGCAGCAUCAGCGGACGCAUGUGGGCGAGCGCCCCUAUGCCUGCGCCUGAUGUGGGACGCACUUCAGGGACAGCUGAAGUGGGGCACUUUGCAAAUGUGGACUUGUGUAAACAGUGCUGGGAAGGGGGAGACCCACAAGAGAGGGAGAUGGGAGGCAAAAAACCACCAUGGAGUGGGAAAGGAGGUGGUAGCUGGUGUGAGCUGGAGGGGCAAAUGGAGGCCACGCAGCAAACGCAAGCCAAGGGGAGUGAGGCAGCCUUGUGUAAAGCUGGGUUAGGUACAGACCCUUUUCCUCGCUGCGAAAAUCCAUGUCCAUGAGCAGCAGAGCCGUCAGAGGGAGGUGUGAUGGUUGGAGCGAUGGGAGUGUGGAAGCACUGCACAGGUGCCGUGGCAGGAGCCGGGAGGGAUGCUGUCCAACACGUGUGCAGGGGGGGCACCUGGUACCCGGGGUGCGAGAGGGCUCACUGACAGCAGCGGCUCUUCCUUCGCUCCCCUCUCAGCACCCUCGCCACAGAGCAUGUGGUUUCUGUGCACAAUGUUUCUGUGAGCUUUAAUGGAGAGGUGUCACAGCACGCAGCCAGUAAACACACUUUGUAGGGUUAACAUGACAGAA